CGCCCACUCGGCGAAGGGGGCACGCGCUCCUGCCCGGACGGCCAGCCGGCAGGCGCGUUCCCGCCCUUCCAAAGCCAGGGUGACGCGCCGUGCCACGGGAGCGCGCCCGCCUUCCGCGCUGACAUUUCUCGCCCAGGUGAGGUGCGGCUGCGGAGGGUUGGUUGCAGUUUGGUCGGAGUAAAGGAAGGCGAUAGUGAGUGAGGGAGGGAAAGAGAGAAAGAAAGAGAGAGAGAAAUAAUCCAGACGGGAAGCUUCACCAACAUCACUGCAUUGGAAGGAAGACAAAUAUACUGCUAAAUCCAAAGGAAACCUGUGUGCGGGGUUAAAGUGUGAGAGAGAGAGAGAGAGAAAGAAAGAAAGAAAGAAAGAGUCGGAGUUCUGGUCAAAGAAAGAAAGUCUCUUCUAUCUUCUGUUCCUCUCUCUCUCUCUGCCGGUCCGGAGAGACACAGGGGGAAACCAUGGCGGAGCAGGAAAGCCUGGAGUUCGGGAAGGCAGACUUUGUUCUCCUGGACACCGUCAGCAUGAGAGAGUUCAUGGCCAACCUGAAACUGAGGUUUGAGAAGGGUAAAAUUUACACUUACAUUGGUGAAGUGGUGGUUUCUGUUAACCCUUACCGUCCUAUGAAUAUCUAUGGAAAGGAUACCAUUGAACAAUACAAGGGGCGUGAACUAUAUGAGAGACCACCUCAUCUAUUUGCUAUUGCAGAUGCAACAUACAAAGCCAUGAAGCGGAGGUCAAAGGACACGUGCAUUGUCAUAUCAGGGGAGAGUGGUGCUGGUAAAACAGAGGCUAGCAAAUACAUCAUGCAGUUCAUUGCAGCUAUUACAAAUCCCAGCCAACGUCAGGAGGUGGAAAGGGUCAAGAAUAUGUUGUUAAAGUCCAAUUGUGUGUUGGAAGCCUUUGGAAAUGCGAAAACCAACCGAAAUGACAAUUCCAGUCGAUUUGGAAAGUACAUGGAUAUUAACUUUGACUUUAAAGGUGAUCCUAUAGGGGGCCAUAUCAAUAACUACCUCUUGGAAAAAUCUCGGGUUAUAGUGCAGCAGCAAGGAGAACGAAACUUCCACUCCUUUUAUCAGUUACUGUUGGGUGGUCCUGAGAAAUUGCUACGAACCUUGCACAUUCAGAAAGAUCCAACUGCCUACAACUUCAUCAAGGCCGGUGGAGUACUGAAGUCUGCUAUAAACGAUGCUGCAGAAUUUAAAGCAGUUGCAGAUGCAAUGAAAGUGAUUGGUUUCACUCCUGAAGAGAUUCAGACGGUCUACAAAAUUCUGGCCACUAUUCUGCACCUGGGAAAUCUGAAAUUUGCAAUGGAUGGUGACUCGGUUUUCAUUGAAAAUAGUAAGUUGGUAUCCGUGAUUGCAGAGCUGCUUUCAACAAAAAGUGAUGUUGUGGAGAAGGCCUUAAUGUAUCGGACUGUAGCUACAGGCCGGGACGUGAUUGACAAACAGCACACAGACCAGGAGGCAAGCUAUGGACGGGAUGCAUUUGCCAAGGCAAUAUAUGAUCGGCUUUUCUGCUGGAUUGUCAACCGAAUUAAUGACAUCAUUGAAGUUAAGAAUUAUGAUGCCAAAAUCCAUGGGAAGAACACUGUUAUCGGUGUCCUGGAUAUCUAUGGCUUUGAGAUCUUUGACAACAACAGUUUGGAACAGUUUUGUAUUAACUACUGCAAUGAGAAACUGCAGCAGCUCUUUAUCCAGCUUGUCCUGAAGCAGGAACAGGAAGAGUACCAGCGUGAAGGUAUUCCCUGGAGACAUAUCGAUUACUUUAACAAUCAGAUCAUUGUGGAUUUAGUGGAGCAGCAACACAAGGGUAUCAUUUCAAUUCUGGAUGACGCCUGUGUAAACGUUGGGAAGGUCACUGAUAAGAUGUUUUUGGAUGCUUUGAACACCAAACUACAAAAACAUGCACAUUACUCCAGCCGGAAGCUUUGUGCAACUGAUAAAACCCUGGACUUUGAUCGAGAUUUUCGCAUUAAGCACUACGCUGGGCAUGUUGUAUAUUCCGUGAUUGGCUUCAUUGACAAAAACAAGGAUACUCUAUUCCAGGACUUCAAGCGACUAAUGUAUAACAGCUCAAAUCCUGUGCUAAAGAAUAUGUGGCCAGAGGGGAAGCUCAGCAUCACAGAAGUGACUAAACGGCCUUUGACUGCUGCCACUUUGUUCAAAUCCUCCAUGAUUGCGUUGGUAGAAAACUUGGCAUCAAAAGAGCCCUACUAUGUCCGUUGCAUCAAGCCCAAUGAGCAGAAAUCUCCACUGCUGUUUGACGAUCAGCGCUGUCAGCAUCAAGUUGAAUAUUUAGGUUUAAUGGAGAAUGUUCGUGUUCGAAGGGCAGGAUUUGCUUACCGACAGUCUUAUGAUCGGUUUCUACAGAGGUAUAAGAUGAUUUCAGAGUUCACUUGGCCAAACCAUGACAUGCGAUCUGAUCAAGAGGCUGUGAAGAAGCUGGUCGAGUGCUGCGGGUUUCAGCAUGAUGUGGCUUAUGGGAAGACUAAGCUCUUCAUUCGGACUCCAAGAACAUUGUUCACACUGGAGGAUCGGCGGACACAGAUGAUUGAAAGGAUCGUCCUCUUCCUGCAGAAGGUCUGGAGGGGUACCAUUGCUCGAAUUCGCUACAAACGCACAAGAGCUGCCUACAUUAUUAUAAAACACUACAGAAGGUACAAAGUGAAGUCCUAUAUCUUGGACGUGGGCAGACGCUUCCAGAACGUUGGAAGCAUGAAGAAUUAUGGGAAACAUGUAAAAUGGCCGAAUCCACCCAAGAUCCUGCGUAAAUUUGAGGACACAUUGCAGUCCAUUUAUCAAAGGUGGAGAGCACAUCAGCUGAUUAAGAGUAUACCACCUGCCGAUUUGCUGCAGGUCAGAGCAAAGGUUGCAGCUGUGGAGAAUCUGAAGGGUCAGCGGGGCGAUCUGGGCCUGCAGAGAAGCUGGGAGGGCAAUUACCUGGCAACUAAACAGGAUAACCCACAGAUGACACCUGCCUUUUCUGCAAGAGCCAGUGAGCUGAAGCGAAAAGACAAAUACAUGAACACGCUCUUUUCUAGCCAUGUACGGAAGAUAAAUCGAUUCAAUAAAUCUGAGGACCGUGCCAUUUUCAUCACUGACCGGCAUCUAUACAAGUUGGAUCCACUGAAGCAGUAUCAAGUGAUGAAGACUAUUCCUUUGUAUAAUGUUACUGGAGUGAGCGUGUCAACAGGAAAAGAUCAGCUUGUUGUGUUCCACACCAAGGAUAAUAAAGACCUCAUUGUGUGCCUUGAUAAAAUGCAGCCAGCCAAUGAGAACCGCAUCGGCGAGCUUGUGGGUGUUGUAGCCAAUCACUUCAGAAGUGAGAAGAGGCACUUCCAAGUGAAGGUGUGUGACCCCAUCCAAUGCUCCAUGCAUGGGAAGAAGUGUACCAUCACCGUGGAAACCAAGAUCAACCAGUCGCAGCCUGUCUUCACCAAGACACGCUCAGGAUAUGUCCUUUCGUGGCCUGGGAACUAGCAUAGCCUCAGUCUUUCAGAGUUUCAUCUCAUCCAAAGCCAGAACGUCAUUUAAACUCCAAUAAUUCACAGGCUAACACCAUUAAUGCUGGGGGCAAUUAAAGGAACAGGGCUGGUUCAUGUAAACUCUCAAAGUGCAAAAAUAAUGCCUUCCAGUAGUCUCAUCUCUUUUGUCUGACCUGCAUUAAGCUCCAUGCUGUGUUUAAUUUUCUUUGUGACAUUCUUUGACUUUCACCCAUUGAAAUUGGCUUCAUCUCUUUUUUUUCCCACUCUCUUCCCCUGGUUUUUGCAUUUCUUUCAUAAUGACAAUCAUGCCCAGCAGGCUUUAGACUGUAGUUUAUCAGGGUUAAGAACUUUUGCACUCUAUUUAUUGCUUUUAUUAAAGUGAACCUUAUUUUAAUAAUAGAGAGAUAUGGAGUUAGAUUCUCCAAUAUGAAAAUGAUAAAUGAGUUUACAGAUUUCAAGUAUGUAUCUCAUACUGAGAGUACCCGAAGUUGUGGUACUAAAUUUGUCUUCAAGUGCCUGUUUAUUACUCUACUAGAGUCAAAGUUCUGCUAACUUUAUUGUGUUUGGGAUAUUUUGUUAGAUUAAGACAAUUAUCUGAAAGUGGAUUCAAACAGUUCAUUCUCAAAUUCUCAUUCUGUGUGAUUGGCUAGAUACGGUCACCAUAAAAAAAAUCAGAUGAUGAUGCAGUUUCUAUAUAAAAAAAAAGCAAAGUCACCUUCUUUUGUCUAGUAUCUCCAAAGGAACAAAAAGUCUCAUUUGCCAAGUAUUUUCUACUAUUGAGUGUAGUUUGUAUGAGGUUAUAUAAUGUCAGUCGUGGAUCAAAUUUUAAACCAAUUUUGAUUUUUUUUCACACCUCCCACUGCCUCUAAAUGCACAUAUACUUCCAAACUUGGCUCAAACAGUACAGAAGUUGUGCUGGAGAUCUCACCCACACUUUGUGGUAACAUUUGAUCGCAGCUUGACAUUUGAUUGUACAGCAAAACACAUGGGUUUUUGAGAGUCUUUAGGAGGGUG